AUGGAAUCCCCGUAUAGGAGGGCCGACCGGCAGGCAGCCAACCCAGAAGUGGCCUGGAAUGCUUUGGGCCGCCAGCAGAGAUAUCGCUUCUCUGCUCCGGACAUUUUCAGCCAUAGAUUAACUCCUCAGUCAGUGACAAAGGACAUGUCCGGUGAGGUGGUUGCCCCCGAACACAAAAGAAGGACCAGGUCAAAAAGCGCUCCUCGGGUCCAGACCAGCCUCACUCCUGUGUCUUUCGAAGGGUCCUCGUCUUCAGGGAGGAAAGGAAGAGAGUCUCACAGAGCUCCUAAAGACUCUCGCUGGAGACCCGAGGUAUCACCUCGCCGGGAGUCUUCCUAUGCAGCAACCAGAGCUCACAUGCAUGAAGUCCAUCCCAUUAAGCUGCAGCCCCAAAUUGGCGACAGCAGUCGAUAUUCCCCUCACUAUGCGUCAGACAAACUGGAAGAUGGAGGUUUGGAUAAACCAGCAACGAGCCCUCAUGUUAGGUGUCGAGUGGACAUUAAGCCCGAUGACAUAGCAUUACACCAUUCAGGACAGAAACAGAGUUCCGCUCAUAUGGACAUACCCUGGCAGAGGCAGUACGGUGUGGGAGGUAGGAGUCUUACCGUACCGCGUCAUUUCUCCUACUCCAGAACCCCGACACCCACUGAUUCAUUGGGUACAGAGAGCAGGCAAGCUUAUCAAUAUUCCCACAGUAUGCCAAAUAGUUACCUACAACACAUGGAGCUUCCCUUACAAAGAAUGCCUUCUUCAAGUAAUUAUUACGGUAGGGAACGCCGAGCCCACUCAAGUCCUAAUGUGCCAACCAAGUUUUUUUAUGCAGACGACCCAGGGAGAUAUGUGACCACUGCUCCUCCUCAACCGAGUUCUUAUUUUCACGAUGAAAGCUACACGCCAGGACAAGCAUACAGCCCAAAAGUACAAUAUGUGCAAGAUCCAAGGACUCGAAUGGUGCACGCUGUAGCUACAAGACCAUAUUAUCCGGAGAUGGAGCCCUAUCCGUACACUGUCCAGGCAGGGUACCCCAAACCCUAUGCAGCAAAUGAGCCCGGGCCAUACAUCAUUAGGACACCUCCAGCAAGAAUCUUUUACGGCGACGAUCCAAGAUCAUAUCAAAUUCAGACUGCCCCACCGAGGUUCUAUUACUCCAGUGACAUGUACGCCAUGCCUCCGGAGCACCACGUUCCAGCGAGGGCGUACUACACCGAGGGCAGAAGACACGCAAGAGUCAUUCAGCCACAAACGGACGAGUGGUAUGGCUCAGAUGCGUCCGGCUAUUCCACAAACCCCGCCUCCUACGUGUCCCAAGUCACUCCGACCAGAGCACGGCAGGAGCCUGUGCUGACUCCGUGGUACGCCAGCCCCUGCGUUGAACCUCCAAAAAUCAGUACCGAUUCCAAAUCUUACUCAAAGUCUUGGGAUAAUAUCCUCAACUCGCGCGUUGAAAGAGAACAGCCUCUCCCUGUGCAGAGAGGUCAGAGCUACGACGACCUUCUGGACUCCAGGAAGCCCUCCACGGCACCAGGCGACAGACCACAGCCAGUAGUGGUCAAUCUCUCCAGUUCCCCACGACGCUACGCGGCCUUAUCGUUGUCUGAUAAUUCGCUUAUUGACAAAAGCCCCACAGAGACGUCUAAGAGCACCACUAGUAAGCUCUGGUUCGUCACUCCCGAGAUAACAAUCACCGAUAACGAUUUAAGACCGGGAAAUCGUUCUAAGGUUGAAGGACGCUCUGCCAGUUGGGACAUUCUUGACUCCAGAAGUACUGACGGUCCGGAAAUGUCUCUGCCCGAUUUUGAAAUCUCAACCAAAGACAAAACCCACGACAACGCCACACUCCAGCAAAGCCUCGAGCAGCUGGACGAACUCCUGGCAGACCUCGUGACCGAUUACAAGCCACCCAGCAGAAGGGCGAGCGAGGACAUUCUGGACCAACUGAAGAAGUUAAUCGAUGAGGAGGAAGCGGUGUCUUUAUCGAGGAAAAGCUCCAAGGCAGGCACAGAGGAACCGCCUCCCCUGGACAAGCAGCCGACGUCAAUCAAAAUAAAUCCCGAUGCUUUUCACGACGUGGACGGCUCCAGUGACGCGAUGAAGAGUGCGGAGGAGUGCUCCCCAGACCAGAGCCCGGAUGAGGACGACACCAUGAUGUGCUCUAACAACAAAUGCCGGAGGACAGAGACCCUGUUCAACGCCUGCCUGUACUUCAAGUCCUGUCACAGUUGCUACACCUACUACUGCUCUCGGAACUGCCGCAGGGAGGACUGGGACGUCCAUAAAGAAAGCUGCCUGUACGGAAGGAUCGGCAGCACCUGUCGCCAUAUCAUAAAACACUGCCGGGAGACCGUGGAGGUCCACAAGUCCUUCUCCCGCAUUGCCAAGGUGGGCUACCUGUCUCGAGGCAGGGGAGUCCUGUUUCUCGGUUUUCCAAACCCGGCCUCGUCCAGCAACUUCCUGCAGUACGGGUUGAAUAGUUUACUCAUGUCUCCGACAUACCUGUCCCUCCGAGAGCUGGAGAGCUUCAAGGACAACCUGGGGGAGUACUGUAAGGAGCUGCAGGAGGCCGGUAAAGAGUAUGACCCAAAUGAAUGUUUUAUCCUGAAUGUAUCUAUUGCUGUCGGUGAGCAGUUGCCCGAUGGGCCUUCGCCAAGGAACGAAGCUCCAACUGUUAGAAAAUAUGCAAAGGUUGCAUUGGCUUCCUUUAGCCCGGAGAGAAAGGUUCACAAAAAGGAGAGCGAGAUGGAAACUCUGAUCCUCACGCCACCUCCCGGAACCGCCGACAUCGACAAAGAAGGAGAGGAGGGGCGAAAGGCUCGGGAGAUCUGUUUCAUCAACAUCCAGAGGGAGCUGAGGAUCCGGGGAGUUUUCCUCCGCCACGAGUACCCGCAGGUGUAUCAGCAGCUGUGUGAGUUUGUGGAGAGAAACCGACGGUUCACCCCCACAACUAUUUAUCCCAUCGAUAAGAGGACUGGGAAACAGUUUAUGUGCAUGAUUAUGGCUGCCUCAGAGCCCAGGACAUUAGACUGGGUUGGCACCCCACAUCUCCUUGACGACAUUAUAUAA